GCCCGCGCCUGCGUCUGGUACCUCUUGCGUACUGUAACCUUGCGGUUGGGACGUCGACAACGAGGCGCCUGAGCUGCCCGACACUGACGCCGAUGCCGAAGCCCCCCGGAGCAGGCAAGUGUGAGCGAAGCACAACGGCGGCCGGCCGACGUAAACCUGAACAGCCUCUGUGCGUUCGUUCCAUCUUAGGUCGUCCGGACCCUUAUCCUCGCCGACUUCCCCCGUCCUCCACAUCAUCCCGCUCAAACCUGCGAGCCCUCUCUCUCUCUCUCGCCUCGCUUGCUUCACCUUUGAACCAGCAGCGUCGACUCGGACGCUCGAGCGUGGCCUCGCCCUCCCCCAGACAUUGUCUCGACGCCAACACGCUCAAGGGCGGAGUCGUGCCCAGUUCGCGACCCUUGCGCGCUGGCGACACCCAACGGCGGCGCAUCUCACUCACAUCUCAGCUUUGCUGCGUUGGAUUUCCCGGAGAAGUGCAACGCUCACGGGGCCGUCCCUGUUCUGGCCGCACCCGACGCCACGCUUCCUACAAACUGCGCGCUCGCUCGCGCUUUACCUGCUGCCCGGUUCUCGCGCAUCGCGACCAGCACUCGCCGGCACUCGCGCAUUCACCUGCCGCGACUGUCAGCUGCUGUGCGCGCUGCCCGGCUAUAGCAUCUGACAGGAGGAAGACGACCAGCAGCAGUACACGGUGACGAGGACCACAGCGACCGACACCAAAAAGGGCCGGCUCCCUACAGAGUACGAAGUACGAGAACGGACUCAACCCGAGACCCGCCCCGUCCGCUCCCUGUCUGGUCUGUCUGUUACUCGGUGCCACCACCACCGUCCCGGCAGAGCGCCUUGCUGCUGCACCAGCCUUAUUAAGUGUCUGCCCAGUCUGCGACGAGGCACAAUCGCCCCUCACCCUCGUUUGCUCACUCCCCAGGCACAAAUACAGACCGCCAUCCCCACUACCAAAACAGGCGCGACAGACCCCCCCAGCCUAGAGCAUAAUCGCGCGCCAAAAAAAAAAAAAAGGAAGAGGCGGGCUUCCUAAGCACGUCAAGCGCGGACGCCCGUGAUAGCGUCACCACCAAGUUGGGCGUGCCGCCAAUUGCGCAACCGCCAGCCUACUGACAACGUGCGAUAAGCCGUACCUUUACUGUGGUUGCCUUGUUCAUUACAAGUCUUACAAGAAAGGGCUGCGGGCAGCGGCUUUCGCUGUGCCAGUAUCCCCUUCUUUUUUUGGCGUUGUUCACGUCCGGGCUGGUCCCUCUAGACGAGCAAUAAGGCGGCGCUGCAAGGCCGUCUACCGCAACGCCGUGUGACGACUUGACGGCGUGCAAUCCCUCGGCGCAUCGGAUUGAGUUUUAAUGACUGGGAGUGUCUUGUCUCGACUUGUUGAUCAGACCGCGAACCUCGGCCUUGGCAGCAUUGCAAGCGAAACACUAUUGAAUCUUCUGGUGGAAAAAGGCCUGCUGUCUUUGAACAGUAUACAGCCGCGCAACAUAAUCUCUCACUCCAACAAGAAAGCACACUCAUCAGCGGUCUCCGGAACGGCGAGGACGGCCUGUCAUGUCCAGCUUCACAGCCCUCAACGGCGCCUCGCCCAAGGCGGCCGAUGCUUCCACGACCACCAAGCCCAGUGACGGGGCAGAUAAGAGCAGCACGCCUGACGAACGACCUCAGAGCUCCGCCACGCACCGAUCUCGGGCUUCUCCUGAAGUCGUCAACCGCAAGGACGGAUGGAGGGACCAGGAUAGACCUGGUAACCAGCCCACGGGCUAUGCUCAGGCGGAUGGAGCGCACAAGCGCAAGCGUUCAGACUCGGCCGAGCUUCGGCGUGAGCAGCAGGUACAGGAAAGGACGCCGGAUACGGCGACAGCACCAACUACUGGCGAUUCUCGGCAUUCAUACGACUUGCUGAAACGAGAGUACCGGCACUACGACGACGAACGGCGCGAUAAGGACUCGUCUUGGCAGGAUGACAAAGGUUCUUACGAAGGGCAGGCGAACUCAUCUACGCCAACUCAAGGCCAGACAGAAGAGCAGAUUGGCGAGGCAUUGCGGAGAGCGACAAGUCAGAUGGACCACAGCGACUACAGCCAGACCAGCCCCGAUGCCGAGGACCGGUCCAUGGUCUCGUACAGCCCGUACGGGGCAGAGCACGGGCGGGACUCUAUGCUCCAGCACGAUCCCAAGAAGCGCAAGCGAAACUUUAGCAACCGGACAAAAACUGGGUGCCUGACUUGCCGCAAGCGCAAGAAGAAGUGUGACGAGCAGAAACCAGAAUGCAGUAACUGCAUCCGAGGCGGCUUCCUCUGCGCGGGCUACCCGCCGCAGAGAGGCCCCGGCUGGCAAAAGGCGGACAACAAGUCGACGGCGAUACCGCUCGAAUCCAAGGACCCCAGCUACGUGCCACCGGGUGCCUAUGGCAUGCCGCAGCAUGGUGCAUACGGGGCCCAGCCGGUCAAGAGGGAACCCUUGCCGCACUACCGCGGCCAGGCACUGCGGAUAGACCCGCCACAAGGCCGGCCUCUGGUCAUCUCGGACGACGACCGGCCCACUGCAUCAACGCUGGCCAGCGCCUCCGUCACCAGUCCCGAAAACAAACUCUCUGCCAUCCCCUACACGCCGGGCAACGCCUUCCCUACACCCGUCAGCGCAAACACGCAACCGCCGUCGUUUGGAGACAGAAUGGCCAAGGACUAUCAGCGAGUGCCUCCGUUGCACGACCUGAGCCGGAGUGAGCCAGAGACGCCGCACCCGGGCAACUCGCUGCCGCAGAUCAACAUCCUGCAUCCGACACGGACGAGCAGCCCGACGCCGCCGCACCCGCCGCCUCCAGCAUCGAACGCGCAAGUGGCCGCCCAGCUGGCGCUCUCGCACGCCCAGUACCCGCAGAGACGGACGCAGAAGGAGGAGAUGCUCUCUGGGCGUCACUACUACCCGUUCGACAAGGAGUUGUGUCUGGAGCGUGAGCGUUGCGCCGUUGCGUGCUGGCGCUUCAACAACCUGACGACGCCUCCGACGCAUGGCGUCUCGCCCGACGAACGAGCCCGCCUCUUCCUCGAGAUCCUGCAACCUCGUGAUCCCGUGCGGGUUUCUCCCACCGAGGCCUCGCCCGUCACCAACGUGGGCCGCGUGGGCAGACAUGUUGCUGUUGAGACGCCCUUUACGUGCGACUACGGCUACAACAUCACCAUCGGCCACCACGUCGUUAUCGGGCGCAACUGCACUAUCAACGACGUCUGCGAGGUUAAGAUUGGCGACAACUGCGUCAUUGGGCCCAACGUGAGCAUCUUCACAGCUUCUCUCCCCACGGACCCCAAAAAGAGGCAGGGCGGCCAAGGACCUCAGUUUGGCCGGGGCAUCACGAUUGCGCAGGACUGCUGGAUAGGAGGGGGUGCCAUCAUCUUGCCGGGCCGCACCAUCGGAAAGGGCAGCACCGUCGGCGCCGGUUCCAUCGUUACCAAGGUUUGUUGUCAUGCCCUGCCCCCACGCAGCGCAAUGUUAUGGUGUGACCAAUGUAGCUUACGGCCUCUCGCAGGACGUCCCUCCCUUCACCGUCGUAGCUGGUAAUCCAGCACGCGUCCUGCGUGGCAUCGGCAAUGCGCCAUAGCAGCACCCUGGUUCAGUUGGUUGGCGCCGAGGUGGCCGCAUAGUCGGCCACCACAAUGCUCAUCUCGUUUCAUGAUACCCACGAUGCAUGCCCAACGUGUUGAUUUUGUACAAUAAUCUAGCGGACAUUGUUGGUCUGCGACGGCCAUGCGAAGAACGCAAGUCAUUUGCCAAAAGGAUGCAGAGUACCAUGUAUUUCGACGACAGAAAAAGCCGAGCGUCCUUGUUCAUACGCCCACCUGAUAUAUUUUUUUUUCUUUACAUAGUGUUUUCGUUGCUGUCCGGCUCUGGCUUCUGAACGACUCGAAGAAGUCAUUCAUCAGUUGUCUGGGCUGGAUUGAGUCGAAGGACGGCCAAGAGGCUGCCAGGUGUCGGGGAGGGAGGUUUCAUUUUUGUCAUGUUUUUGCGGCGCCGGUCGCCACGAGGCGGCGGGUCCAGACGGAGAGGCAGCGUCGGUAUGAUACCUUUUGUGGCGGAGUCGAUUUUCCGUUCACCGACGGCAAUGAUGUGUGUCCGGGAGGACGGGCGGCGGCGACGGCACGGAUCAUGGAUCAUGGGUACAUGUGAGAAGCGCUGAUGGAUGUGACGAGCAAUGCUAAUGCCGAUUGUGUAACACUGCACUUUGUACGAAGCAUAUGCAUGCGGUGGUAUGUACAUGUGAAAGUAAUAGCAGUUCGAGACGGGGUUGCCCCUUGGGCCGAGGUGGCCGCCCGUCUGUGACUUUGCUUGUGUGCAUGCAGAGAGUAAUAGAGUCUUCUGGC